AUGGGCGAAGCCGCCGAGCGCAAACCCGUCACCACCGAUCCCCGUUUCUCCGUCGUUCACAGCGAUGCGCGAUUCGCCUUGCCGAAGAGGAAGGACACGAAGUUCGCGGUGGAUAAGCGGUUCAAGGGGAUGUUGAAUGAUAAGGAGUUUGCGGAUGGGCCGAGUGUUGAUAGGUAUGGGAGACGGGUUGGGAAGGAUAAGGGGAAGGAGGAGAUUAAGAGGUAUUAUCGGAUGGAGGAUGAGGAGGAGGGUGAGGAGGGUGAGGACAGUGAAGAUGAUGAAGACAAGGAGGAAGACGAUGAGGAUGAAGAGAGUGACGAGGAGGAGGUGAAGAAAUAUGACCCGGCAAGAGGAGAGGGUAUCAUUGACUCCUCAGACUCGGAGGAGGAGACGGAUGAGGAGGAGCUUGCGGAGCUCGGAUCAGAUGUCGAAGGCCGAGAACUUGCCGACCCAGAACCGGAUCGGGAAUCAAUUCCUACAGGAGAAGAGACAAACCGAUUCGCCGUGGUCAACCUCGACUGGGAUCACGUACGAGCCGUGGACCUGUUCGCUACACUCUCCUCCUUCGAGCCACCAGGUGGAAAGGUCAGGUCUGUCGUUGUCUAUCCCUCCGAGUUCGGUAAGGAGAGACUAGCAAAGGAAGAUAUGGAAGGUCCACCAAAGGAUAUUUUUGGCGGCGCAGAAUCCGGCUCCGACGACGACGACGAGGAAAUCACGGAGGAAACCAUCAUCAAAGAAGACAAGGGCGAAGACUUCGACAUGGACAAACUCCGGAAAUACCAACUCGAGCGUCUCCGCUACUAUUACGCAAUCGUCACCUGCGACUCCACGAUCACCGCAAAAUACAUCUACGACGCAAUCGACGGCGCCGAAUACGAAAACUCAGCAAACUUCUUCGACCUUCGUUUCGUUCCCGACGACGUAACCUUCGAGGAUGACCCUCGGGAUGAAGCAGACCACGUGCCUGAGAGUUAUGCGCCGGAUGAUUUCGUGACGGAUGCGCUGCAGCAUUCGAAGGUGAAGUUGACGUGGGAUGAGGAGGAUCAGGCGAGGGUACAGCUGAGGACGAAGGCGUUUAGUCAGAAGGAUAUUGAGGAUAUGGAUUUUAAGGCGUACCUAGCGUCCGAUUCGGAGGAGGAGGAGGAGGAGGAUGAUGAGGCGCAGAAGGAAAAGUAUCGCGCUUUGCUUCUUGGUGUGAAGAAGAAGAGUGGGGCGGAUGAGGAUGCGGCUGCUGAGGGAGAUAUGGAGAUUACGUUCGGUGCUGCGUUGGAUGAGAAGGAUGAGAAGGACGAGGAGGAAGAGGAGGUGGUGGAGGGUGAGGAGGAGGAGACUACGCUUGAGAAGUAUCGCCGGAAGGAGAGGGAAAGGAAGGAGAGACGGAGGGCCGAGAGGAAGGUCAACAUCAAGGAGGAUGACGACAAGGAGGAACUCGGAUUCGAUGAUCCCUUCUUCCAGGACGGAGGUGAUAAAGCCGCGAAGCAGGACAAGAAGAAGAAGGACAAGAAGGUAUCUGCCGAAGAAGCCGAGAUGGAAGCCGCACGGAAGGCUGAGCUCGAGUUGUUGAUGAUGGACGAAAAGGAAGAAUCCGCCAUCACGGGCGGCAAGAAACCCCAACACUUCGACAUGAAACAAGUCCUCAAAGCCGAGAAAGCAAAAAAGAAGAAGGGCAAAACCGCCAAAAAGCAACUCGCCAAAGUCGACCAAGAAGCAACCCAAUCAGACUUCCAAAUCGACGUCAAGGAUCCGCGUUUCGCUGCCCUAUACGAAUCUCACCACUUCGCUAUCGACCCGACGAAUCCUCAGUUCAAGAAGACGGAGGCGAUGGAGAAGGUUUUGGAUGAGAGACGGAAGAGGCAUGAGAAUGGAAGGGAAGAGCCACCGGCUAAGGCUGGGAAAAAGAGGAAGAAUGAGGAGGGGCAGGGCUCCGGGGAGGCUGGGAAGAAGGCUAAGAAGGUUGCGGAGAAGGAGGAGAGUGGAAGCGAUCUUGCGUCACUUGUUCGUCGGAUCAAGGCGAAGUCUGGACAAGCUUAA